CACGAGGCUCGCACGUUAAUGCAUGAAAGAGAUCAGGUCGCGAAACCGGUAAUAAUGCCCUGCAACUUUUGUUUCUCUCUUUCUUUUUGGGGGGGCUCUCUUUCUUAUCUCCGGGCACGUCAUUGACGAGGGCGUGCAAUGAUUUGGCCUUAAAAUAAUGAUCUUGCUUGUGCUAUUUUACUAGCAAGAAAAUCAAGAAAGCGGGUCACAGAGAGAGAGAGAGAGAGAGAGAGAGCGCGUUCGUUCUCUCCAAUGGGAGAAUGGGCAGUGAAUUUCCGUGUGUUCUUGUCAUUCGAUGCUAAGACGGGUCGGAAGCCUCUUCACUCCGCGCUCGAGUUCGAUCGACGGAUCGAUGAUCUGAUGAUAGCCUGCUGCUCCAGUUGAAUUGGGCUCGCGAAUUUUGGGGAGCUUCUUGGGUUUGUCCCAAUUUUCCUCCGAUCGCGUCUGUUUCUGGUGCACGCAAUCUUGCGGUUUCUCCGCUUUCAAAUCCACCGUUUCUUCUUUCUCGGCAGGUUCGUCGAUCUAGUUCCUUUGUGGGUUUGGUUUCUUGGUGUGGUUGGAUCAAAAGUAAGGGACUUUUCUUGAUGAUUUAUGCUUGAUCUGUUCGUCAGUAUUAUGUUAAUCGUGGUUUUUAUGAGGAUGGACGAUCCAGGGAUUGUUUGAUCAGGUCUCUGCUUGAACAACGCGUUUCGUAGAGCUUGUAUCUUCUACUCAUCUUGAGCUGAUGAUUCUCCCAUUCAACUUAACUAAUGCUCUUGAGAGGAACUUAGCAUGGGAAAAUGAUGGAAGCAUCUGGUGAAGAUAAUUUUUUUCCUAAAGUCCUGAUAAUAUAAGUAGAUUUUCAUUCAAGUUUGUGGUGAGGGUGAGAUUACUUCCCGUAGUGGUGGUGCUGGUGUGUUCAUCUGGGUCCAGGACAAUCUAUAAUCGUUCGAGAUGUGUUGUGAGAUUGAUAGGACUACCUGCUGAUAGUAGAAUUGGUGCUGCAAAUGGAUCAGAUAGUAUCACGGUUUCUGUUAAAGAGUUUGCACAUUAUUUUGGAUUCGAGGAUUCCUUCUCUGCACCCAAAUGACCAAAGAAGCGACCACCAUACAGUUUCUCGAGGGAGAAAGAAUGACAAAUGGUUUAACUUAGUAUUGGGAGACCGCCCUGCUGCCCUGGAAAACUUGAACUUUUGGCACAGGAAUCUAAUGGACCCAAUGAUUAUCGACAUAAUACUUGUUCACGAGGGGCCUAAUUCAUCAUCUGUGGAUGCUUACUCUGCUAUAAAAGCAUCCGUUGAGACGGUCAUAGAAAGGUGGGUUGUUCAUUAUGAGUCUCCUAGAGUUACUCCUAAUAUCAAUGAUUCUUCUCUUCACAAGAAGAUAUACAAGAAGUUGAUCGUACUAUUACGUUCUCUUUAUUCGCAAAUGAGACUCCUCCCGGCUUAUAGGAUAUUUCGGCAGCUAAGUUCAUCGGGCCAGACAUGUAAUUUGGAUCUCAUAUACAAAGUAUCUACCUUUAGUAAUCCAUUCUCACGGGCAGAGGAGGAGAUGAUGAAAGAAUAUACUUUUGCUCCUGUGGAGGCCUCUUCAGGACGUUUUAGUGUAGCUGUUUCAUAUCGUAAAACAUUGUCUGAUUUCAACCUGGAGCCCGCAACUUCAUUGUUUCCGAGGAUUAUUACUGAUUACGUCGGUAGUCCUGCCACUGACCCACUUAGGUCGUUCCCCUCUUUUGAUAAGGGUGUUCGCCCUACAUCUUUUCCUUUAAGAGGAGUAGGAUCGCCUUCUUCAGCACCAUUUCAACGCCCACACAGCUGGACAAGUGGAUUUCACAGACCAGCUCCUUUUACACAAGGUCAUUCCCUUGGUGGAUCCCCACCUACAUACUGUGCUUAUGGUUCUCCAUCUCCUCCUACUGAUAAGUAUUCUCAACGAGCUCAAAGCUAUAGAUCCACAUCUCAAAGAGUUAAUAGCUAUGAAGAUUAUCAACUGUCGCCACCUUUCUCUCCAUCCCCUUUCUCUCCAUCUCCUUCCCCAUCUCCGCCAACAUACUUUUCCAGCGGUAGUGUUGGCAAAAAUCGUGUACGGUCGGAGACCGCUCCCAUGGCCAUUCCACAUCCAACAGCAAGUGGAAAUGCGAGAUACUUAUCUCCAAACUUUUCUGAUCCAAAUAGACAUUCUCUUCCCCCUCUAUCACCCAGGCACACAAGGCUUGACCCCUCAUCUCAAGAGUCUUCAUCUGGAAUCAGAUCAUUCCGGAAACAGGAAUCUUUGAGAUCUGGGGAGUUGCAUAAUCACUAUGUUAAUCAGAAGGUCACAAAAGAUGGUCGAGAUGAUUCGGGGCGGUUUUCGGGCUUGUUAUCUUCAAGUGGCUCUCCGCGCAUAGGGUUUUCUCGAAGUUCUAGUAGAUUGUCUUUCCAAGAUGACUUGGAUGAUGGUGACUUUUCAUGCCCUUUCGAUGUUGAUGAUGUUGAUCCUCCACCCAGCAAUACUGGUGAUGGCAGAGAAGGUUCAGAGUUCACUUCGUCAUCGUUACCGAUGGGCGCAAAAUCGCAAAAUGCCGCUGUCGGGAUUCUCGUUCACCUGUUAAGAACAGCGGCUCCACUUCAACAAGAUUCCAGUUGUUACUCAGCCCAGUCCUUGAACACGGAACAAGAGGGAGGUGUUGCUACAGCUUCGGGAUUCUUUAUGCCUCGUAAGACCUCGGAUGCACUGGACGAGCUUCGGAGUUACCGAGAAAUGAAGAACCUCCUACUCUCGAAAAGCGGAGCUCAUGUCUUGACCAAAGAAGAAGCUUGACCUCCACCUCGUGUUGUAUAUGAAGGGCCCUUGUUCCAUCAGGACAAAGGGCGUCGCAAAUACAAAUUGCGGAGAGCAAGGUAUAGGAGCAGCUGAGGUGGUUGUACACUGGAAAGAAUAGACAUUGGCGAAGAUAAGAGUCAAGUUUGUGUACAUAAAUGACUGCGAAACUGAUUGUGAGCAUUGAUUUAGCUUUCCCUUUGUAUUCCUCAUGUAUCAUCAAAUGGUACCAAACUCAUAUAGCCAAAAUUAGUCUAUGAUAGCUUUGGUUUCGUA